AUGUCAAACAAUAGAAAGGUCGCUAUUUUCUGGGACUAUGAAAAUUGUAGCCCUCCCUUGAAUUCUCAAGGACAUGCCAUUGUAAAUGGCAUUCGACGAAUUGCUCAUGUCUUUGGAUACGUAAUAUCGUUCAAAGCAUACUUUGACAUGUCCUCGCAGUCCUCCCAGAAGUCUGUCGGGUUUCGCUCCGACCUUCAGUCCUCUGGCGUGUCCAUAAUUGACUGCCCCCACAAUGGCAAGAAGGAAGUCGUGGACAAGAUGAUUCUUGUGGAUAUGAUCACAUUUGCUGUCGAUAAUCCCUCACCUGCCACCGUUGUUCUGAUAGCCGGUGACCGAGAUUACGCUUAUGCCAUAUCAACCCUCCGCCUUCGACAGUAUAAUGUCGUCCUCGUCGUACCUCCAGCCCCAAAUAUUCCCCAGAGCCUGGAGUCUCAGGCCUCUGUAGUGGUGGACUGGAAUUUCGCUGUUCUUGGAAAG